ACCGCACAGAUCCAAGAAGCCGUUCAUGGAACGAGUGAUGUGUUAACGUCGCCGUAGACAUGGGUCCUGGUGUCAAUACUUAAGCAAGAAUUACUUUAAACAACCGAGUGGUUUUCCUUUAAACUCGACUGGCGGCCAGGGCAGGCCGCAUGUAGGGAUUUUGUGUACUCAGGUAGAAAGUGUAUAAGUAUUGUGUACGACGUAGGGGGUGAAGUGUGCGUAGUGUGUAGGAUAUUUGAAAUCUUCGCCAGUGAGGAUGGUCUCCUCUUACACAAACCAACGAAGGUCGACAGGGUAACGCGGGAUGUAGGAGAUGUCACCACCGUCCUGCUGGUGGAUAACAUAGGGAGACAUCGAGAUGGUCGAUUUCAUAAAAAGCCUGUUGGUCUUUUGACAUCAACAGCUCGUACGUUUGUCCAAGAGGGUACGACCACCGAGUUUGCAACACAGGUCGUAGGCACGACCCUUGAUAACGGCCGUCUGUACGCUCAGGUGGUUACAACUAGCUCCAGGGUGUUCUAUCAUGGCGACUCUAAGGGUCGAGACAAAACAAGGACAAACCUGGAUGAACUGGUUCUCCCAUCAAUAUCCCUCGUGGCCAAUAUAGCACAGCCCACACUACCCAUCCAAGUCAUACCCUCCCAUAAUGGGGAUUCGGUCAUACAGGUUGAGCCAUUCAGUUACGCCAAAUCUGGUAACAUCUACCAGACUGCAGUGAAUGGACAACAUACACCUCAUUCUAGAUAUAUUGGAGAACUCACGAGAGCGGACAGUAACGUUAUAAGUACGUCAGUAGUCAGCCGUAAACAGUCUGAUAAGGAUGAACGGCCCCUGGUAGAUGGUAGAGACGAGCUAGAAGCAUUAUUCUUGCAAGCAAAAGCAAAGAAACACAUGAGCAAGUACUUCCCUCCAGGUAAGGAGGACGAGAAAGAAGAAUCUGAGAACCUCGUGAAAGCAAAACAGACGGAAUACUUCAAAAAAAGAAAUACUGGAGACGCCGAACACUCUGAAAGUAACAACUUAAAACCUGCUCGAGUUGUGAGACCUUUGGACGAUUUGCCGACAUAUACAGUUCGUCAUGAGUUUGCCCCAAGUGGAUUUUCAGUCGAUGAAAACGAAGAUUCCACUGAAAACCAUAAUUCAGAGACAAAUAUUCGAGGUAAUCGGUUCAGAUCCGGAAAAGCCUUCUUCGGAGGAAACAAGAUAGAACGUAGGAAACUAGAUACAGUGACAUACCUGGGAUUCUCAGACUUCACAACUACAGUUGGGGACACUGUAAUAAUCUUUAUGCCUCAUACAACAGCUGUUGAGGGAGCAAAUCAAGGCCGGAAAGCUACAUCAAUAUCAGGAGAUGCGACCCUUGCUCCGGAGUUGCAACACGUAACUACAGAAAACCCAGUGUCUGUCGUGACAAGCGUCAAAACGUUCAUGUCUCACACUCCUGGAAUGGUUACUCGCACAGUCACUGGUCACUCGCUCAGCAUGCAAACUGCUUUGCCGACCAUGGUGGUGCUUCCAGAAACACCAUCUCAGUCAAUCACAAUCCGCCGCGACCACAAAGCACUGCACUCAGUCCAAGUUGUAGAGCCAGUCACAGAAAACUCACCAACUACUUUCGAAGACGCGGUUCAAUAUUUGGCUCAUGAGCAGAUGGAAAUGGCUGAGAAAAUACCGACAACAACUACAGGACAAGAAAUUAUUACGGAACCAUUUUUCGGUAGCGAUACUAUCGAACCCUCAUCGGUAUCUUAUAACGACGAUAUUGAAGCUUCCAUAGAGGACAUUGCUGCAGGCAGCUCUAUUGAAUCUAGCACAGGAGAAAUCGGAGUACAAGCUACAGAUUCCUUGGCGACGUUCUCUACUGCGCAGACUCAGUUGUUUGAUACCGGUGGUGCUGAAUUUCCAUUGGGGCUGAUAAAAGUAAUUGGUGGCACUGAGGCUCUAAAUGGAACUACAACGCUGUUCACUUCCCUAGUAUAUGGAACGUACGUCGAUGGAAAUUAUGCCCAGAUCAUACAUUCAAAAUCGAGUAUAUUCUACUACAAUGACAAUACCAAAGUCGAUAUAACAAAUGCACACAAAUCUAUACAACCUACCGCCGUUCUUGGCACAUCGCAGAAUUCUGUUACCCCUUUUACUCAUUCGCCGGGAGAAACAACUUCAAAAGGCACUGAAGAGACCGAAGAAACGACAACACCAGCAGCACCAUCAAUAACAGUAGAUUUCACUGAUGAGUUACUACACACAACCGAAGAUAAUUCAGUCAUAACUCUAGAAGAAUCAACAAUAGGAAGUGACAGUAAAAGAACAACACCAAUCGAUGAAGUUUUGAGUACAAUACCGACAGAAGAACCGGCGACAGAGUCUGACACUGAUUCUAUUAACGAAGUAGAGACUGGAAGGAAGAUAAACACAAAACCAAAGGAACAGGUCAUUGUUGAAAACUACAUUAAGAACAAAGAAACAAAUAAGGAAUCUCAGACAACGGAUGAUGGAGGACAGGAAACAGACACAUCUCCUUCAUCAGCUACUGGCAGUCUAUUAACACAGCUUAUACCCACCACCGCUUACAAAACGUUUACGUACCUUACAACAUUCUUUAUUCCUGCGGAAGGAACGUCUACCACGACAUCUAUAAGAUCUAGAGAAGUUACUAGCACUGAGAUAAGUUACAUAACACGAACAUUAAAUUCUGAUGCCGAAACAUACACAGAACAAACAAACCUGAAACAGAAGAGUGCGAUAGAGCCAUCGAGUACUGCCAUCACUCCAACAGCAUCUUUAGCAGAGGAAGAAAAUUGGCAUACCACACCAGACAGCAUCACUGUUGGUACAGCAAAUCAGGAAGAAGGAAAUAUGAUAACAACACCAGAGUUACCAGAACAAAAGACAACAAUGAUACCCGAAGAAGUAAAUACUACAACACCCAUUCCAACGACUACUCCAGAAGAUAAUGUUCAUGGCGAAGAAGACGAGAUUGAACUGAUAUUCAAAACUCUCUACACCACAUACACAUACCUUACAACCUUUUUCCAGGAAUCUACAACAAGCGUAUCAAGUCGAAAAAUGGUUGUUACAAACGUCGUAACGUCUACUGUGGACCACAGUUACAUAUUACAUGCAUCUGAUCCAGCUGUUGCUGGGUUAUUUGUCCAUGAAGACGGUUUUCUGACACCGUCGAAACACUUGUUACCGUCUAUAGAACCAAUACCCACAAGUGUUGGUGUAGGUAGGCCAACAACAAAAUACUUCCCAGAUUUAGGGGUAAACUCUGAUGAUGAUUUAUUCUCAACGGUCAUAGAAUCUGUAGACCUUGAAAAAGAACUAUCAACUUUAACGCCGACAUUAAAUAAAUAUGGAGAAUCGGAGGUUCUUGACGAUGAACUGAAAACAUUCUACACGACUUAUACAUAUUUCACAACUAUUUUGGUUGAUGGCGAAACUGAAAUUUCGAGUAGAACGGAGAUAUAUACGAAUAUCGUAACGCCAAGUGGCCACCUUAUAAGUCCAACUGUGUCCAGAAUUGAGCCUACAAUAUCGCUUCGUGAACCGUUGUUUGAAAAGGGCUCAGAUCCAGAUGUGUUUGACCAAGUUGAAAAUCCGCAAAAACACAUCCUUUAUUCAAAUAUCGUCGAGUCUUCUCAAGACAUCACACAUGUUAAAACACCCGUUUUGAAAUCUACACCUCAUUAUUCAUACAGCAGCACCAUCUCUCGGUCAUAUAAAUCUACGACUGGAAGUUCAAAUGUAAAUACUGCCGACGUGGACGACGAGGAAAAUAGCAUUUUCCCAAGAAACACACCGAUAUUUGAUAGUAGCUAUGCGACUAUAUCAAGAACGCGUAAUACUAUCACCACCCCAACGAUACUUGAGAAAGAUGUAUCGUCUAAAUCUCCAAUAGCAUCCAGGGAAGUAGAUAACGAUAACCUAUUUACACCUGUGAUCGUAGCAUCAUCAGUGGUUUCAGGCAAACCAGUUGUUGAAGAGGCAAUGAGCACUAACGUCACGAGCAGCAGCUCUGAUGGUGGUAGGGUUAUGAUGCUAGAGAAAAGAAAUGAUAAACAUCUGUUACUUGACGACCAGAUCAGCUCCGAAAGCAAUACAGAAGAAACUGAGCCAGCUCCAACGUUGCUUCUUCAAACAAGCUAUACGACGUUCACGUACUUCACUACAAUAUAUAAAGGUAGUUCUUCGAGUGACGUCGUCAGCCGUUUAGAGACAGUGACUAAUGUUGUAACAGAAACACUGACUCCUUCAGCGGGCCUAACAGAAAGGAUUGCUCCAGAAGAUGCCACUCUGCCCAUAACGUAUUACACAACUUUCACUUAUUGGACAACAUUAUAUAAAGAUGGCAGUACUGUCGUUACAAGUAGAGAAGAAACAAUCUCCAACACAGUCACACCUACUGUGAACCCUUCUUCUUCGAGCGCAAUACCUUUAGAAGUUACCCCAACACCAACAUUAACAGAAACGAUUAACCCGUCAGCCACACCUGCUUUAGUAGAGCCUGCGACAUUCUAUACGACGUACACUUAUUUCACAACUUCUUAUAUUGGUAACAGUACCGUUCUGAGUAGCCGACUUGAAACGGUGACGAAUAUUGUAAACGAAACUGUCAGUGAUAUUACAGGUCGCGCUGCUGGCAGUGGCGCGACUGAGAAUAAGAUUCCUGAACAAACGAUGAAAAGUGAGACGCCUCAGCAAUCACCACUGCCACUACAACCAACUGGUCUUCUAUCGACAAUUCUAACCAGCGAGACAAACAAUGGCAUCAUAACGUUAUUCUCAACAGAUGUAUAUGGCACAUUCAUAGACGGCCUAUAUGCACAGGUGCUCGAAAGUUCCACACAGGUAGUCACCCCUACUCCUGUCUCUUCAAAAGCGAACGUACUCUUGAAACCUACGGGAGUUGUAUCUCUGAAUGAAGGCAGGAUCGUGGAUGCUGAUGGAGUCAGUACAACUUACUUCACUACGAAAGCAAUCGGAACUUACAUCGACAAUCUCUACGCGGAAGUGGUUGACAGCACAACAUCUGUUAAUGUGAACACUGAGAGAAAAUCUGUUCUUGCAGCAAUAAGCCCAAGUACGACAGAAGGCGUGAAAGCACAAAAGACUGGAUUAGUUCGCAUUGUCGAAGGUUCUAUUGUCAAGGACCAAACUACUACGUUCUAUGAAUCGAGGGUGGUGGGUACCGUAAUCGACGGCAGAUACGCUCAGAUCAUUGAGAGCACUUCGAGUUUCAAAGUGGCUGUUACACCUACCUCUGUGCCCGAUUUUAGCAUCAGCGAAUUAGCACCCACGUCAACAUUGAGGCCGGAUGUCUCUGCAACACUGACAGUGUCUUCAACCACAUCACCUACACCUGCCGUCAUAGAGAGUUCACUCAGUGAGGGAAGUGAUACAACUGCGAGCGAUACAGAAGAUGAAGAUACUGGAGAAGACACUGAGGGCGAUGAAGAUGCUAGUAAAAAUCGUAAGAAAUCCAGGUUGACGUUUUCAACAAAAAAGAGGACGUUCACGCCUCAAAUCAGGCCAUUCGCAUCAAGAAACAGACCAACUUUUAACCCCAAGAGAAAGACGGCUAUAGGUAGCAGUGCUACAACAAUAACACGGGCAACAGUUACUCCUACUGUAACAGCAACACCAGCUGCAAAAUCUGAAGUCUCCGGUGGUGGAAAGGGAAGAUUCAAUAGCAACAGACGCGGAAGUUCUACGGGUUUAUACAAGACAAAUUACAGCGACAUCAGGGCAACACCUUCUGGGACAGGGGGAAGGAGAAAUUCCCGCACAAGGGGAACCACGGGAGGUGGCGGAUCUUCCUCAUUUUCCACGCACUACGCUGGCAGAGGCCGUAGUUCUCAAGCGUCAUCUCGUCCCCAUGCUACAUCGACACCUGGUCUGGCAGGGGCUUCGAGAAGGGGAGGAUUCUACAGAAGUUCUUCAAGCAGAGGUGCAGGGUCUUCGGAUUACCCAUUCAGAGGCUCCACAAGCGGAUCCCACCAUGGAACAAGCAGCUCUCGCUUUCGUAUCCGACCCACUCAGUCGUCAUUUCUCGGACGAACUAGCAGCACUACCUUUACCACGCCCCCCACCGACGAAACUCUGGAACCUGACGACGAUCUCACUACCGCAAUAACUGAAGAGACACCGCAAUACACCGAAGAUGAGCAUGACUCACCAACACAUCCAAUAUCUACAACCACGGAAUCUUCUCGCCGAAGCAAUAAUCCUCUCUUACGGUUUAGGCGGCCGCCUACUUUGCGAGCACCACAGACAACAAGCACAACUCCGAAACCUACUACAACACAAUCUUCUAAGAGAAGUUCAUUGUUACGAAAACCAGCAAGUGAAAGGGGAUCUACUACUGCCAGACCUCGUACCAGUAAUAGGUUUAAUCCCGUGAUUAAUAGGCAAAGGCCUGGCAAUAGCUUGUUCCCUCCCAGAGGACUGCUAAAGAAACAAGAAAAAGAAGAUGACGAAGAGGCGAAAAAGGAGAAUGAAAAUGAGGAACAUAAGGACGAAGAAGUCGCAGAGGAAAAGGAGGAUGAAGAGGAUAUUAACGACAAUGAUUAUGAAGGAUCAGAAACGAAUGAGUCAAAAACGGAAGCAAAUAAGUCAGCCAAUAGAAGGAGCGGUAAAGCAUAUAAUCCUGUUCACAUCCGUCCAUUUGUAGGCUUCAAUCGCAAACCACGUACAAAGCGGCAAGCAGAGUAUGGCACUAAAAGUGGCAGCGGAUCGGCAAGAGGUUUCACUCCUCGUUACCGCCGCCCUGGGUUGUCAUCAAGAAGUCCACAGGAAUCCACUGAAGAUCCGGAACUUGUCCAGGAUCCCAAGCCAAAAGCAUCGAAUUCCGGGCGGUUUACACCUCGACCACGAUCUUCUGCGUCUGCGCAACCCAGAGUUAGACCUACGUCAGCAUCUUCAAAUACGGGUAGGUCACAAUUUACGCUUAGGAAGGAGGAUACGUCUACAAAUAACCGCGCAAACUUUAGGCGUCCUACAACGGCGUCACCACGGAGAAGAACAAAUAACAAACAGUCUGAACCAACGACAUCAGCACAGAGACCCAAACCACCGAGGCUCAGGACUCAAUCAAACAGCCGCCAAUCAGAAACCACGACACAUUCGCGGUCUAACUCCCGCCGUAAUCCCAACACUAGUAGGAGAGGGUCCACUCGAACAAGAUACCGAGGAGAUACUUCAGACUUUGAUACAUACACGUACUCUCAAUCAAGUUUUGAUGGAACUAUAACAGUAACACACCGAAUUCCCACCGAAGUCACAAUCCCUGUCGUGAAUGGACGUGUCACGGAGUAUCGUAACGUGAUCACUGCUAGCGCAAGCACAGAGGUGUUAGGACCACAUCAAUAUACAGCAUCUACAGCUAAGGAUGGGAAUACAGUACUGUACCUCACAAGUGAAGUGACUGGCACUUUACCAAGCGGAAUCACUGAGAUUACACAGUUUCUAAUCCAUGAAACACCAACCACCAGUGUGAUAUUCACACCAACAAUAAUUAGAGGACAUAAAACAUCUUAUUCUCACAUUAUACCAAGCACUGUUUAUGAUGUUGAACAGGUUGUCAGCACCCUGCAACCACAAGUAUCACCGAAUGCACCACUGGCUAAUAUUUUAUUAUCUCAACUUUUAUUGGGUAACCUUGGCUUACAGCCAAACUUAAACCCCCUACUUGCCCUAAACAAUCCUGGACCACCACCAACCCCCACAACAGAAUUCAAGACGAGGCAAACCACUUACGUGACCACUGUUACUAAAGGGAUGUCUACUGUUAUUCCACUGACCUUCCGAGGAAAAGAGAUCCUUACCACUAUUGUGGACAGCUCAUCUGAGGUCAUUACUGCAACAGAAUUCAUUACAGACACGAUUGUUGUUACACCGACUGCUGCUCUGGGUGCUGGAAGCAACCAACUUAAUUCCUUGCUACUUCCUGCGUUGCUUCAGGCUCAGCUGCUCGGUGGACAGUCCCAGCAACCGCCGAUGGGAUCCAAUCCUAUAUUAGCUGGUCUUCAGCAGCAGCUACUCCAGCAGGAAACAAAGCCAAUCCAUGACACUUCAACAGAAGAUACAGCCCCUGAACCUUCAUCUAGACGUCAGCAGAGACCGCCUGAAGAGCCUGACAGGCUUGCAAGAGAUUCUGAGAAAGAAAUCCUAGAUGAUGAUGCUGUGCAGAAUGUUAAGGAUGAAGAAACUGGAAGAGAUCGUACAUUUAAGACUUCAAGAAAGAAAUCAAGAACGGAUAAGAAACCUCCAGAUCCACCUCCAGUACCAGCAGAAACAACUGUUGUAACUCUCUAUGUGUCAGGAAGACGGCCUGGUGAGUUCAGUACUGUCAUUUCAACAGUAACCGUUGGUGAUGAGAGUUCUGCUACUAUUAGGAAGCGAGAAGCUGGAUUAGCUGUGCCAGAAAUGUUCACUGUGGAGGUAUCACAAGUGCCUGAGAUUGGAGGUUCUUUUCCAACUUCAGAUAGUGAUGGCUACCUAGAUCAUUAUAUCAUGUCUGCUAUGAACGAAGUAUUUGGGCAAGCAAGCGAGACUGAGACUCAGAGCCUGGAAAGUAUUGUUGGUGAUGUCAGUAGUUACGUCUCAUCAGUCAUUGGUCAGCCAUCCUCAUCCAGUAAACUCCACACAUUAAGAUCUUCCUCAACUGAAAAACCAACCUCAUUCUCAACGGAUAACAAGAAAAAAGCAGCUAGCAAGAAGAUGUUUGCCUCCUCUUUAAAAUCUAACUCCUCUACCGGUCAUUUUUUAUCCAACGGCCCCGCUGAGUUUGCCCCACUCAAGCGGAAGGUCAUGAAUACAGAAAACAGGGGCAUGCUUAUCUUGUCAAUUAAUAUGAAACAGAACAUAACAAGUAAAACAGAUAUUCAAUCAGCACUUGAUUCUGAGAAUAGCAUACAAGCAGCAAUUAUUAGAGAAACAGGAUCCUUGAGAAGGAAAAGAAAUACUGAAGACAGUUUAGGGGACAAAGAUGAUGGUAGUGUAACUUCAAAAAUAUCACCCCAUCGAAGAAGAAGAGUCAGAGUUAAAGUACCCAUAAAUAGAAAGAAAUUAGACAAUAACAGAAGUGUGAAUAAGGAAGAAAUUUUAACAUUAUCAGAAGCACAGCAUUCUGCUAGAAUUCCUGAUAUGGACAUUGGUGAAAAACAUAUUGAUAAAAAUGGACAAAUAAAAAUCUCUCCACAACCUGAAUAUGGUUCAAGGACAGUAAAAACAAUACCUGGAAACAUAAGCUUAAGUUAUAAUGAAGAAAGAAAUGAUCAUCAGAGAAGAAAGGUAAUUGUAUCACGCCGUAAGAAACCAGGACAUUCAACAGCUGAUGAUGUCCCUGAGGACACUUUCAUAUCAGGGUCUAUACUGGUUAUUAACAUUACAAACACAGUUAAAGAUGAACUUGUCAUCACAACAUACAGGCCAAAAGAAAUCCCAUUAUCCUUUGGCAGUAACAUAGUUGUUGAUGACAAAGAUCUGUACUUGCUUCCAACUACUGUUAGAGGAAACAAAGUCAUAACGAACACAACAUCAGGACGUAGACGCGUUGUGGUUACCAAGAAACGGCCUAUUUCUGUGACACCAACUCAAAGACGCCGCAUUGUGGUGACAAAGAAGAGGCCUGCACCCAGGUUGGACUUGGACAUUGUGCCAACAAACGUCACCCCUGACUCUCUGUCUACAGUGUAUUCAUACAAAUACACUGUACCGAACAGAGAUGAAGGAUUGAGUACUGACACAGGGAACAUGGUUAAAGUUUCACAAGUGUCCAUAAGUAGAGAGGUUAAACAUGAAAUCUAUAAUGAUAUAGCUUCCGCAGAAAACAGUAAAAAGGACAGUUAUAAUGAAGAAACUAUUAGUCCAUUGAAACCAGAUUCAAGGUCAGAGAAAUCAAACACAGAACAAGACAGUAGCGUUUUAAUUUCAACACAGGCAAUAUAUGAAGGGCGGGAUUCAAGUCCUUCCGGCAAUCUUCCAGUUUCUGAAAUGGAUACAUAUAAAAGCAUAACCAUUCAACCUUCACAGAUUGAACCAUCAUUCCAUGCUUCCACUUAUGAUCCUGAAUACGAGACACCAACUUUCAGAGCCUCAACACAACAAUUACCAUUUGAAAUAGCUUCACUGACGAUUUCAUCAGUCACUCUGGCUGAUAGUGAGACAACUAUGCCAUCAGAUUCGACCUCUGUACAGAAGCCUGAAAAAGAUUAUGAAUCUAGCAGUACAGGAACUGAUCAUGACACAGAAGAAAACAAGAAACACAUACUAGAAAAGGAGGAUAAUGAGGAAGAUCAAAAACAUGAGAGAAACACUAUGGCUUCUGGUGAAAUUACAAUUGAAUCACCAAACAUAAAUGAAGAUAGUUUAAUUUCGUUAACAGAAGGGAGCUCAUCUGAUGGUCCACGACUUAUCCGUCCAACACGCUUCAGCAUUACCAGACGGCCUGGUCGUACAAAGCUAACUUUCCCAGGCAGACGUCGUACGUCAGUUUCAACACCCUCAUCUACAAUUGUCAGUCAUAGUAUCUUUAGUAGUAGUGGUAAUUACAAGUCAUCAUAUAAAGGCAGGCGACCCUCAUCCUCUUCCAGAACAUUUGGGCGCAGUUCAAAAACCCACAUACAUCUAUACACAACACCCACAACCAGAGUUCUUAUGGAAGCAACAGUAUCACAGUUUGAUAAGAUUCCUUCUCAUAGCCUUUCAAAUUCCUCUUCAAACACCCUGUCUGAUGGCAGUUCUAUGAAGAUUCACACAAAUACUGAGUCUUCCUCUGAGAACUUACCAAAUUCAUUGUCAGUAACACCAACUCUAGCAACCACAACCAGUUCUCCAGUACCAGACAUUAGUUCAACAGUUGUGAUGGAGACAGUGACUUCAACAAGACUUAGAACAUAUACGUAUAUUGUAACUCGAGUGGCUGGUCAGGAGCAAGUUGUCACAUCCACCACAGAGGUGAAACCUCAUGUAACAACCUUCACUGUAACAAAGACAUUGCCAAUAUUGGCAACAGAGCUGAAUGGACCAGCUGAGGGACGUGGAUUGAACAUGAAUGGUGCAGGAGAAGCACGAUAUAAUCUGGCAACCAAGGUCAUGAGUAAUGGUGUGGAGGUGAUUGUAGCAGGGGACAGGAGCACUAUGCCUGGGGAGCCAGAGGUUUUACGUGUACUGUCCAGUUCCUUGUCUCGCCCCAUUACACUGGCACCCAGCACACUCACAGAUCACAUGGUGCUCUUCCUGCCACAUGAGAGUUCUCAGAUUGAAGCCCAACUAUCCUCAUCGCUGCAACACAAUGCUUUUGUAACAAAGACCUACCUUACUACAUAUACAUAUUUAACAACGUUUCUGCAAGAUGGCUUGACAACUAUUUCAAGUAAUGAGAAGAUAGUCUCCAACAUUGUUACAGAAGAACGGACAGGCACUAACACGAUAACACCAACACCCAUAACUGGAGUAACCCUUUCCGCAAGUCCAUCUCUUUUCACAGGGGUGUUUCAUACUACUUAUACAUAUCUCAACACUUUGAUUGAUGGAGAUGUUCCACUGGUUGUUACAUCACACCACACUGUAGCUAACACACUGACAGCACCCCAUGACUACUUGCUUCAGUUGCAGCCAUCAGGACAAUCCACAUUAGAUACAAACACAUAUCUGAGUACAGUAGCGUUCACCAAGACACUAACAGAUGGUGCUGAUGUGAAGGUAGUCAGCACUAAAGAUAUCUUAACACAGGUUGUCAUAACAGAGUCUGAUAAGCAAGCAACUGAUAUAAAUGGCAUCACAUCAGAGAACGGUCCUGCUGCAUCACGUCCGUCAGCCCAACAAGGCUCCAUAACAAACGUUGUCAAGACAUACUUUGUGACAUAUACGUAUUUUAGCACAUUCCUUGAAGGAAGUAGUACUGUUAUACGCACCAAUAUUGCAACUUCUUCAGAUGUAGUAACAGAGAAGUUUUAUGUAUCACCGAAACGUACAACGUCACCAAGUGUAAUUCCAACAAAAAGUAAAGAAGAAAUAAAGAUUACACCAACUUCUAAGACAGUUGAUAAAAUUGAUUCUCAGAAACAGUCACUUCAUUUAUAUGCAACAAAAACAUAUUUAACUACUUUUACUUAUUUCACAACUCUGCUGCAGGAUGGUGGGGGUGAUCGUACAUCAACCAUUGUCAGUUCAAGAACAAGAAUUGUUCAGAACAUUGUUACUGAAUCUGUAGACAAUAGCCUUCUUGAUCCAGAGUAUUUAGAUUCACUUCGUAGUUCAAUCUAUGCAGAUUCUGUAUCAAGCUCUUCAAUAGUUGCCACAGCUACACUCUCAGGUGGGCAGGAGUUGAUGAUCACAGCCAUGGAUCAUGAUCUGCGACCAACUUCAACAAUGGACACAGAAGUUACUCCAACAUUAAUUCAUCAUCAACUCUCAUCAUCUAUGGAGGAUGCAAGCCAUAAUGUCAACAACAUUAUCAAAGGUUCAACCAUCAUUUUCUUUGAUGAGGAAGAUCAGAUAGACAGCUCAAGCACAUCACGAACUCUAGCUGUAGAAGUGGGAGGUCACACCAAGGCGACUCCAUCUCUUAGCAGUGUUCUGUCAAUUAGCAAGAUCCAGAGUACACUUGUAAACACAGAAGCUGCAACAGCAUUAUUCCCACAGGAUGUAGCUGAGGCUCAGCCACUUGUUAGUUCCUCUACUCCAGCACUUCAAGAUUCUGUUGCCAUUGUACUGCCUAGUUCCCUUCCCAUAACAUUUUCACCUGUCUCAUACCUUACGUCCAUUUUAGCAACAUCCACUAUAACACCAAGUGGAGCCACUUUGCAACCAGGGGAGCAGGUGAUUAUGAUGACUCAGUCUGGGGGAAACAUCACCAUGAUUCCUGUGUCAGACCCCACAAAUAAGAAACCCUCAGGGGGAAUAGGUCCAGGUGGAAGUGAAAUUCAAGUAAGUGAUCUGCUGAGUUUGGGAUCACUUGGCAUCAAUGGUCUGAAUGCUUUGGGUCCUGUAAUUAAUGCAAUGGCUGGUAUAAUCCAGAGUAAUCUGAAUAAUGACAAGAGACGCAAUGACACAGCUGUUAUAAUUGUGCCUUCAUCUACUUCCAAACCAAGACCUAUAUAUUAUGGAGAUAAUGGAAAUCCCCUACCCAUUUAUAUCCCUCCUAAAACUGAUACUGCACAAGAUCAAGAAGGGACAACACCAGUAAGAUCGCCAAUCUACAUUCCAGUAGGCGCAGUUGCUGGAGAUGACAUGGAAGAUGUGGCUACAGCAGAAAGCCAAAAGUAUGAAGGUAUUGCUAACCUAAAUGGUGACAUUAAAUGGCCAGAUAAAGGAUUCCCUGAUACAAAUCAACGUCGUCCUGUGGAUUCUGCAGCAAUGGGUCGACCAAUUGAGAGUGCGCUCCUGGGUGAUGGUAUUCCCAUCAGUCCUGGCCAAGUGAUAACAGCUAACAGUGAUGUAAUCGUUGGGAAACCAGCAAUAAUGGGCCCACGACCACCGAAAAUUAGCAGCAACAAGGAUGAAAUUCCUUUAGGAAUGAAACCUCCACCCCCACCUGCAUCACCAGCAUGGCCAAACAGGGACAUACUUUCUGGUCAUUCACCAAUUAGAGAACAUGGCUCAGGACACAUUCCUCUCAGAGAUACAAUCCUGCUUCCACCAAACAGAAGCCACGUACCACUGAAGGAUCGUAUACCAGUACUGGAGCAUGGCUAUCACUCCUCCCCAGAUAAUCUCCAACCAGAAGAUGGAAUACCACUUUUACCACCACCAGUGGUUAAACCAGACAUCAGUGGUCAUCUGCCAAGUAUGCGAGAGAACUAUAAGGAAUCAAAUAAACAAAUUCUGCUUACUCCUGCUAAAGCAUCUGCAAUCUCUGGUCUGCAAACACUGUUGCAAGGCAAACCAAUGACUCAGGGAAAUGAUAUAAUACAUGGGAACCCUAUGCCAGUGUUUGCUCAAACAGAGCCAAAUUCACUUGAUCGUUCAUCAGGUACACCAUUGUUGGUUAACAUUCAACCAUCACAAAUAGCAAAUGUGAUCAUACCACACAGCGGCUCUACAGUUUCUCAUGCCUUCAGUAACCAUGGUAAUAAAUUUUAUGACCCAUCACCAUAUCCUUCACCUGAGUCCAACCCUGGAUUUGUUGGCACAGGUGGGCUAGAAAAUGAGCCACACAAUAGGCAUCCUGAGCAUCAUACAUCCCAUGUUUCCCAGGUGAGCGGAACAAGGAUGGAUUUGCCACCACAAGAGUCUGAAAACACAAAUCAUGCAAAUGAUAAUAUUUCACAGCAAGACAUAAAUGUAGAGAUAAGUCCUGGUCAAGGAAUCAAUGUUGAUGUGAGUCCAGCUCAUGGAAUUAAUGUUGAUGUUAGUCCUGGACAAGGAAUAAAUGUUGAUGUUAGUCCAGGGCAAGGAUUGAAUGUAGAGAUAGCACCGGGACAUUUCUCACUUGACGGAGAACAUAUGUCACCAAGUGGAAUUGUUCUUGAUGUACCACUUCAAGGCAGACCAGGUAUAUCAAAUAGAAGGCCCAUUCCAAAUGUAAACAGUCACCAUCACAGGCCCUCACGACCACUAACCCAGCAAUUACCGCCUCUCCGACCUCAUGUUAAUCACCAUGCUGCUGUAUCUACACAACCCCUCCACAGUCAUCCAUUUUCACAUCAUCCAAUGACACCAACAGAUUUCAUGAUCCCUCCUCCACCACCUCACACACAUGUAAAACCUGAUUCUUUCCACAACUCUGGAAACUUCCAUGGCCCUGUCAUUCCUCUUAAUCCAACUGGAAUGCUUCCUCCAGGCCCUAAGACACAGGAUCAUCUAAUACAAUCAGAUGAAAAUGACGACCCAGUAGAAGUAGAGGGAGGUGAAGUUAUCCAAGAAUCAAACCAAAGGCCGUUAAGACCUGGCCAAAUUCCAGUAGAAGUUCUAGUUGCUAAUUCAGUGUCAACACAUCGCCCUGUAGUAGUAAGGCCGGGUACAAUGCUGGGAGCUAAACAUGAUGAAGCUCUCCAUCAGAUGAAACCACCACAAUCAAUGUUUGACAAACCACUGCUACCUGACAGACUUUCGAAACCAAACUUUGAUAACAGACCACACAAGCCAGACUAUAAACAACACGCUCAUGUUCCACCCGCCACCGAACAAAGACCACAACAUAAUAAACCUCAACCAAACUCUGAUAAAGAGCAAUAUUCAACUAAUGCUGGUGAGUCAAUGCAAAAGUUUGGACCAAAUGAAGGACCAAAGUUCCCAAAUUUUGAAGAAAUACCACAACAUUCUAAACCUGAAGUGAUAAUUGAAGACAGACCACAUACUUCAAACAAUAAGAAUUAUAUGGUGGAAAAAACAGUUACAUCUUACUUAGAUGGAAUCUCACAUAAAGUACAGCCUCAGAACCAUCAACCAGAACUUCCUGACACCAAACUGCACAGUGAUUUUGAGCAGCAGUUUGAAUUUGGCAAAUUUGAUGAAAAUUUUCAAUCCAAUAAAACUGAAAGAAUUAACUUCAAUGGUGGAAAUCUGAACCACAGACCUCAACAGCCAAUCUUUGACAAACAUGAUGACUUGCAUAAGUUGGACAGACCUUCAACAUCAGAAUCACUGUUUGAUUUGGAAACUCAAGCCAAUACUCCACGCCCAUUUCAUGUCCUUCCAGCUGCACCAAAGAGACCUGAGUUUGAAUUCAAUUCAGAUGAGCUGGUUGUAGGUCUUCACCCCCCACCACGAGUCACUCCAGGUGGGAGCAGUGGGCAGCGCUUUCCUAUGGUAGGUACUGAACCCCAAGUCUCAUCUCACAGACCAGUUGUCAUUAUGGGUAAUCACAGGAGACCACCCACCAGGAACAAGCCACCACCAUACAAAUUUGAACUGCCACCUACAACAGAACUACCAACUACCACACAGAAAACAAAUGACAAGAGACCAUUCUGGAUCCGCCCAACUUUGCAUAAUAUUCACAGUCCAGUAGGCACCCAUUUAGACAGUGUGACUAAACCAAAUGAAGAAGAAGAUAAAAACUCUGUUAAGAAACCAUCCUUACCUGUAGAUUCAAACCAGACUCAAAGACGUCCAGUCACAACAUGGAGACCACCUCUGCCUCCAGACAGACCAAGGCCACUGAGACCUUCCACUUCACAGCCAACAGAAUCUAACAACUCCCACAGUUCUGCAGCAUCUGAUGAUAUCUCAGCAGGUCUCGGUAGCCACAAAAUUACAGCUGGUGCAGUGACACCUCUUCUGUCUGAUUCUGAAUCUGUGCUACAAACAGUUGUCAUUGGAAAACCAAUACCGCAAGAACCUGUGAUAUCACCAUCGGCAGUGAAUGAUUCUGGAAAAAGGAAAACAACUUACAGUACAGAAUUAUUGUGGAAUGAAGACAUUAUAGUUGGUUCUGAAAGUCCACUAAUGGCAGAGAAGGGUCAUACUACAGUAUCUGAAAACAUUCAGAGAAAGAAGACAUCAACUCCAAUUGCUACAGCCACUUUAAUUUCAUCGGGGUCAAAGACCAUAUAUGGCAGUCUCUUCACAAAACCUUCAACUACAGUAGUCAAGCCAUCUAAAACAGCUGAACACAAACCCAGUACAAGUUUGGUCAAUAGUCAUUAUGAAGAAAAUGAAUCAUUCCAUCACAUUAACAAUGACAGUGACAUUGAAGAUGAUGUGUUACUUAAGAAUAAGGAUAGUCAUAAGCUGGAUCUAGGUGUUGCAAGCUCCCAUGAUGAGAAGAUCAUUUUUAGCAGUGCUCCUGAAAUCCCAACACGUUACUUGACUCACACACACACCCAUACAGUAACUCUGACAGAGACAACGGUAAUCAGCAGCCACGGGCAUGAGCCUUCAACACAGACUGUUGUCGUUACAAAGACACAAACAUCUACUAUUGUAGAUACUGUCACUGAAACAGAGAUCCACACUUUGGUACGCCCUACAAGCGUUGUUGCUACAGUUACAACUACAGUUUCCACAACUCCCACUGUGUAUCCCCCUGGAUCACCAUUUGACCCUGCUAAUUAUCCAUCUUUCCCCGUCAAACCUGUCUUAUCAUCACCAAUGCAAGAAGCAGGAGAAAAGAACAAGGAAGAGCAGCUCAAACCUACCAGCACUUCAGAAGGAAAUGAAGCUUAUAAGGAGAGCCACAGCAUAAGAAAAGAAAACAACACCAGCAAAACAGGAAUACUUGCUGGUGGUGCUGAUGAGAAUGAGUCAUUCUUUGUAGUGGUGAAUGACCAAAAGCCAGCAACUAUACAUGUUAACAAGGUCAGCAAAGGUGGAGAAGAUUACAGUGAAGCUGCAAAUCAUGACGAAACUAUUCCCAACAGUGAGGUAAACCAUGCAGUAUUGCUGGGUGGUGUGCUAAUAGCAGCACCUCCACAUCACAAUACACCUUCCACCCACUUCAACAACAGAGAUCAAGGAAGCAACUCAUGCCGGCCAGACUGCAGUGCAGCUCGAAAUGAACUGUGUCAGAAAGUAGAGGGGCACAUGAAGUGUGUCUGUAGACCUGGUUUUGCAAGAAUGUUCCCUGAUAGGCCAUGUAGAUCAACGUACACAUACAGCAUGAAGGUGCCACUUGCUCAUCAUGGCAAGGAAACGCUUCGCUAUGGCAGUGCACUGGAGGACACCACCUCACCAAACUAUCAGCAACUCAAUGAGGCAACAAGGGAGGGUCUGGAUCGCAUGAUAAUGCAGUCUGAUCUAAGAGACAUUUAUCAUGGUGUGGUGGUUAAUGGCUUCCAGCCAGAUGACCAAGGUGAUGGAGUCACUGUGAACUUCUAUGUACAGUUAUCAGACAAUGUGGAGGAAGCACGGCUACAGGAUGUGUUCAGGAAGUCACUACGGACCAGUAAUUACAGUCUGGGCAGUACCGAGGUGUUUGCUAAUAAAGACCUCAUACACCACAUCAAAGCUGAAGACUUUGAUGAAUGUGAGAGCCGCCAGUUCCAUGACUGUUCUGAACAUGCUCAGUGUUUUAAUCUUCGUGGCACAUACACAUGCAGUUGCCAGGAUGGAUACACAGACCUCUCAGAGAACCCCCUAUUCCCAGGAAGAGUCUGCUCAGCUGAGCUGAUUGGUUGUGAGAAAUGCCAUUACCAUGGGACAUGUUACUCACGAGGUGAUGACCAAUUGAUGUGUGAGUGCUUCCAGUGGUAUGCUGGGGAGAACUGCCACAUAAAUCUUAAAGUACUGCUCAUUGCGCUGGUCACAAUUGGAGCAAUACUCCUUGGCUUGCUGAUUGUGUGUGUGGUGCUGACCUGCCUUAAGCGCUCAUCACAGCAUGCCUGCAGCACAGGGACAGGAUUCUUAAGGUAUCGUAGUCCCACACACACACUUGACAAGCGUGCCAUGAUCCAAGAUUCUAGCAGUGAAGGCAGUGCUGCAGAUCAUGGUCCUGUGUCCUACCUCACGCCUACACAUCAGCCUGCUAGCACAUAUGGGUCACAAAUGAAGUCAGCUUUAGUUCAUGCUGGAAACAGAAAGACAUCUGGUGCUGUUGAAAUGUCAGAUGAGGGAAUGGCAUAUUCAGACCAGCGGGAUCGCUCAUUGACAGUAAUGAUCCCUCGAGCAAAAUACAGGCCAAUACCACCAACAUCACCAUUACUUGCCAUGUCCACAUUUGGUGCUGAACAAAAACGAGCAAUUGCUAAGGAGCAACAGAAGCUUCUGAGCUACUUGGAGACAGGGAAUAAGCAAGAAAACCGAAAUGCUGCCAACAUAAGAAAGAAACAAAGUAACUCCACAAAUCAAACAAAUGAACCAGCUCCCCCAUCUUCCAGGAAAUCAUCAGCUCCUCGGAAACCUUCCACAGGUGCUCUUGUAUCAGCUGGAUUUGAGGUAUCUGCCACUGUGGGCCAUAAGGAACCAGACUCAGAUCCUGAUGUAACUGCAGUGACUGCACAUGGUAAUGGUGGUAACAGUGGAGAUAACAACCACAACACUCUUGCAAGCAGUGGCUCUCACUUCACCACAAUGCGCACUAAUGACAGCAAGACAAACAAGCCAGAGCUGGCAGCUGAAUCAGCAACAGAUUCGCAACAAGAUACGAACUCAAGGGUGCAGGAACUGACUGUCUCUGAAGCACGUUCAUUUGACGAGACAAUAGUGCAGCCUACCACAAAGAGCUUAAAUAGCAAUUAUGGUUCCAAUCCCUCAUCUAGGAACCCCAAUGAUGAAGCACAUACAAUGGCCGAGCGAGAUCUCGGAUCCACAUUACUUAUGCCACAGACACACCUUUACAAACCUGAUAGGGGCAGCGACAUUUCUAACUUUGAUUCACUAUGAACAUGGCCCCUCAUAAUUCAAGCUCAGCUGUAUUUUGGUACCAGAUUUAAGUAGCACACACCAAAGUUAAUUUGGUUCACAAGUGCUAUGAUGUUUUGGGUAUCCUACAAUUUCUCGAUAAUUUGUUCAUAAUCUUAACAGCAAGAUCAUAACUCCAUUGUAUGAACAGAUAUGGCAACUAUUUGUUGUCGUACUAAUUUUUAUGAUUGUACAGAGGCGUGAUGCGAGUUUUAUAUAUUUUCUUUUAUAAAUGUAUGAAAGACUUUGUUUCAAAUAUUUUAUAUAGUUUAUAAAUAAAAACAAUAUGUGUAUGAACAUAUUCUAUCUUAAGACCUGACUGAACUAAAAUAUUAAAAACCCACUGAUAAACUUUUUCAAAAUAAAAUUAUGAACAACUGCAAUCAUGAACAAUUUUAAACAAAGAAAAAUUUUCACUUUUAUACAAAAUUCUGCUUGUUUUUAAUUAAUAAAUGAAAUGUGUGAAGCUGAUUAUUGUUGUUGAAAUGGCUUAUUAGGGUGUACUUCCCAAAAUGAUACGUUCACUACAAAAUCAAAUAACAUAUAUAAAAACAUGUAUUUUUAUGUGUGUGAAAUAUGAAAGCCCCAAUUGUGUUGGAAAAAUGGAAUGGUUCAAAGCUAGAGUAAGGUGUACCAAAUUAUUAUAAAUUAAAUAAAAAGAAAUUAAAGUACACCAGUUGGUCAUGUUACUAUAAUGAUGUUAUUUAUUACUAGGAAGGUUCCUGCUACAUGAUUCAUACUAUCUAUUUGGAGCUUUAUUAUUGGCACGAAUAGAUUGUGUUAGCAGCAAUAAAAAAAUCUGUAACUUAAUGGAAGAGUGGAUGUUGACUAUAAUACAAGUUUAUGAAUACUUUACCAUGAAAAACAGUAAAUAACAUCAUGCGUAGAAACAUGAGGAUAAAAGUAAUCAAGUAUUAUAAAGAAAGAAAUAAACCAGGAAUGUAAAUAAAUAAAGGAACUCUUGCCAGUGUGUCAAUUGAGGGGCAAAGGAAGGUAUUCAACUAAGGCUAAAACACUCUGUAACACUAAGUAUAAUAAACUAUACCUACACUUCACACUUUCUGGGAGAAAAGUGAGGACAUAAUGCUACAGCAAAAUCCAGUUACAACUAUAAAUUAAUCAGUCUAGACUAAAAUAUUGAUUU